UGCAGGAGAAAAUCACAAUAGAAUAUAAAUUACACUGUCGAUUCAUCACAGAACUUUUUUUCUUUUCUUUUCUUUUUUUUACACAAGCACGUAGACAUGAUAUUUCAGUCCAUUAUCUUAUCGCCCUUUCCUGCUAUGUCAGAUGCCAGAGCAUUUCCUCCAGUUCACCGCAGAACCUCGUAGGUGUGAUUUACUUAGGUGUGAGUUUCUUCUGGAAAAAAACAGUACCAGAAUUCGGAAUGAAGAUUCUCGUUUCCUGCUUUACAAUCUGUACUUUGUUAUCUGCUGCGACCUCGAACAAGAUCCUCAAAGACACUGGACAAGGAGAUUCCGAAGAGCAAGUCGUCUUCCACAUGCCUUCAGAAAAAAACCACGAAGGAUUCAUAGUAAAGGUUGUCCCUGCACAUUUAAAGGUACAAGGAGCAGCUAAUGAGCGAGAACAUUUAAAGGUACAAGCAACAGCUAAUGAGAGAGCUAACGAGAGAGAACAUUUAAAGGUACAAGGGACCAGUGGGAGAGUCGGUGAUGAAAUUAAGAAGACGAGGGAAAGGGAAGAAGAGCAGAAAGGGUUUUUGGAAAAGAAUGCGGAAUUUUGUAAAUUAAAUCAUCACUCGCUCGAUUGCAACUUUAAGGGGAAGGAGUUGGUUAGUGUUAAGGAUUUCGCAGCCGAUGAAGGCAUUGAGAAACUCCUUGUAAGGAACGCCUCCGAAGUGUUUCUGUCGGGGUCCGUGUGCUCUGAUCUCGUGCUGGAGGACAUCGGGUACGUGUCGGUCGAGGGGCGUCUGCCGUCCGACUGCCCGGGAGGGAAAGUGCUCGUGCUGAGGAACGUCUCCCUCAGUCGUCUACCGGAAGCUGUGAAUUCGGUCUACGUUUUCACUUCCUAUAUUGAAGAGAUGGCCCUUCAUGUCGCAGACACGUUUCUGGUGAAAGAGAGUAAAAUAGGGAGCCUAAACGUGUCGACGACUUUGAAAAGCGAAGUCACUGUUACAAUAAAUCAGACCGAAGUCGACCUGGUGCAAAAACUACGCGUGAGCGAUCGCUCCGCGUUAUUUUUAUCCAACUGCACUUUUGGCAGCAUACGAAAGCAUGCGGUGGUACUUGGUUCGGGCAAACAUGUGGUCCGUGACGUCAUAAUAAAACAUUCCUCCUCGACUGCACCCAACAUCGGUCUGAGAGGUGAAGCGGAGGUGACAUUUACAGAUCUUACAGGCUCCAUGAAAAUUGUCCACGAAUCUUGCUCUCCUGCUGUACACGAGACCCCUUGCUCUCUGGCACCCCUUAGGGAUACAGCCUCAAGUCAUUCUCCUGUCCAUUCAGUGAAAGAACAAUCAAAUGAGAGAGACUCAGUGUCUCCGUGUGUGAUCAUCCAGAGCGGGAAGAACUUCGAAAACUGCCAGAUGUUUGUGAUAUUGUUUACGUUCUCGGUCUUCCUAAACAUCGUCCAGCUGUUGUUCAACCAGCCACGGGAACUCCUCAUGAAGAUGUUUCGUAUCGAAUCUCCUGGCAGUUCGAGGCCUAGAAGGGACAGCACACUAAGCGAAGACGGAGAUGUACCCUUUCUCCCUGACGCAAACAUCGUCGGAAGAAAACGAGGCGCGUCCUUUCCGGGUGAAAACGGAGACCCCUUCGGUAACCCAGUCUCCGUCAGCGAAAUUCAGAUGAUCGAUGAGAGACGUCCAAGAAUUUACCGGCAUAGCCUGAGUGCCGAUUCAAAGGAUGAAGCAGAUAUAUUUCUAAAAGAGUCGGAGUCUAAGAUAUCUUUUCUAGUUCCACGACGACGCAUUCGGUCUAGCAACAGUUCAUAGACUUUUUAUCUGUUAUCAGUAAUCGUUGAUAACAGUGAUAACGCUAAAGAAAAUAUGCAUUUCCUUCGCUAUUGGUCUAACGCGAUGGUGUAUAUCGGUCGGCCCAGAUUAUAAGGCGCUGUGUUAAUUUUAAAGUAACAUUCAUGACUUUCAUUUGUGCAAGUUGAUAUAAAGUUAUAGAUAAGUUAACCCUAAGCCUCGGAAAUCCGACGUAUAUAAUAAAGAAUGCUUAAUAUUAAAAAAUAAUAAACUGAAAGAAAACAA